GAGCAAUGAAUAACUUCAAACAACUAACCCUUCCUCUACACCAUUUCUCAUCCUCAUCCUCAUUCUCACUUCACCCUAUUCACAGCCUAUCCUUUUCAUUCAUCCAUAUGAAUGCCACAUCCUAUCAUAUCAUACCAUAUUAUAUACAAAAUACACAAAAAUCCACCCAUGAAAGAACAUCUUUCUCUCUAUUUAUCAACCUGUUCUUAAUCUCCAUCUUGGUUGACAUCUAUCUCGACCUCUACAUGCACAUGUAAAACAUAAUAGUAUCAUAAAGUACCACACAUUCCUCUUCUUAGAUAUUUUCUCACAAAUAUCCCUGCUAACCCUCUUUCGUAUCUACUUCCGAUAUAUCUAUCUCUACUACCAUCUCAUUCCCUUUCAAAGAGAUAAGGUUAGUUUUCUUCACCUUCACGCCAUAUCUCCAUCCCAUCCCAUUCCAUCCCUUCAAUUUCUAAUUCCCUCCCCCAUACCUCAAAAUGCCAUCUCCACCCCAAGACCCGCAGCCCACCCCCUCCUCUCCUCAUCCCAAACCCAAAUCCCCCAAUCGCGACUCCGAAACCGAAGAACAAAGAGCUGCUCACCACCGGGCUCACCAUGAAAAACGACGACAAGAAAGAAGAUUAGCACGCAUAUACGACGAUUCCUCGCGAGGAGAGAGAAAGAACGAGAGAGGCGAUAGGGGAAAGAGUGAGAAGAAUGAGAAAGAAGAAAAACAGGGACUUUUCAGUAAGAGUCGAAAGAGUAUUGGACGGGGAAUUAUGGCGUUGGGGAAAUGUGUUGCGGGGAAUGGGGAUGCAGAUGGAGAGGAAAGGAGGGAGGGUAGAAGGGAUAUUGGUAGUGGGAAGAGCGAGGAUGAGGAAUAUAGGAGAAGACGAAGGAGAAGACGUGGUAGCGUGGGGGAAGAUGAAUAUGUAGAGAGGGGAGAUAGAGAGAACGGGGAGAGGAAAAUCCGAUCUGAUGAUAAAUCUCCUAGUGAGCGAAAGGAGGCAGAAACUCGUAGACCUACACCUCACGCAAAGACCACCCCCUCACCACCUCUCAAAACUCCAUAUUCCACAGCAAAAGAAAUCGAAGAACGCAAUCUCGCCGAAGCAAAAAACUUGCACAUUGCCCAACGAGCCCGCGAAGAACGCACCAAAGCCGAACAAGACAGGAAAGCCCAAGCUCUCUCCGCCGAAAGGGCGCAAAAGGAGAAAGAAGAACGCGAUCGCAUCUCCCGACAAACCCUUUUGCUCCAGCGCGAAAGAGAGAAAGAGAGAGAGAAAGAGAAAGAAAGACAAGAAACCCUCCGUCGAGAAUCCAUCCGUAAAACCACCGAGGGGCAACUCGCGCGCGAGAAAAAAGAACGAGAGAGAAAUCGGCGUCUCCAAGAAGAAAGAGUGCAAAAAGAACUUCGUGCUCGAGAAGCACAAAAAGAGCUAGAAAUCGCUCGACGCAUGCACCAAGAGCGAGUCGAAAAAGAACACCAGGCACAACUCGCUCGUCAAGAAAAGAUCCGUCAAGAACAACAAAAACAACAACAGGAACUUGAAGCCCAACGACAGCGUCAAGCACAAGCCAAAGCCCAAUCCGAAACCGCGCUUCUCCUCAAGCUGCAAGCCCAACAACGCGCACAGGAAGCCUUAGCCUUAGCCUUAGCCGCUCGUCAAAAAGCAAAAGCAAAAGCAGAAGCAGAAGCAGAGGAGAAAAAACAAAAAGAGCAAAAUCUAGCACGGCAACAAGAAGAAAUACCACUCCAACACGCCGCACAAAAGCAUCUCGCAGCGCAGCGCCAAGCGCUCGAGCACUCACUCGAAAAACAACGCAUGAAAGCUCAAACUGCAGCUCAAAAACCCACAGCCCUUCCCCCCAAACUAACCCCCGUCAACCUCAACCUCAACCUCCACCUCGCCCCUCCCUCACCCUCUCCACAGCCCAAAAAAUGCAUCGGAAACAUGGAGCGGACUAUUCUCGAAGGCUACGUGCCCAUGAGCGCGGCGGAGAUAUUGGCGCGGGAUAUUGCGCGCGGGGUGGUGAAGGCACCGAGACCCGUGAGGUGUAUUGGGAAUAUGGAGCGGACGAUUCUAGAGGGUUAUGUGCCGAUGAGUGAGGAGGAGAUUAGGAAGAGGAAUGAGGGGAGGAGAUAGAGAUGCAGAUGUAUGUGGGGCGAGGUGAGGGUUUUGAGGGAGGAAAGGAUGAAGGAAGGAAAGUGUUA